AUGUCAACCGUAACGGAAAAAUGCCCAGCUUAUUCACCUUUCUUUGGCGCCAUGGGUGCAACAGCAGCUGUUGUAUUUAGUGCGCUAGGUGCUGCCUAUGGUACAGCUAAAUCUGGUUGUGGUAUUUCAGCUAUGGCUGUGAUGAGACCAGAAUUCAUUAUGAAAAGUGUCAUUCCCGUAGUUAUGGCUGGUAUCAUUGCUAUCUAUGGUCUAGUUGUUGCUGUACUCAUUGCUAACAACAUUUCUACUGAAAACUAUGGUCUAUACAAAGCAUUCCUUCAAUUGGGUGCUGGUUUAUCGGUCGGUUUGAGUGGUUUAGCCGCUGGUUUUGCCGUCGGUAUUGUCGGUGAUGCUGGUGUACGAGGAACUGCUCAACAACCACGAUUGUACGUGGGCAUGAUUUUAAUUUUGAUUUUCGCUGAAGUACUUGGUCUCUACGGUUUGAUCGUAGCCCUAAUCAUGACCACAAAGAAUCAACCUGGUUGCGAUUAA